AUGGCACCUAUUCUCACCCACUUCGUUGUUGCAAUUCUCAUUGCUCAGGCAUAUUGUAUCCCAACCUCUAGAAAAGAACGAAGUGAAGCGGUCUUGCCAGACUUCGUCAACACCUAUGACCUAGGCGCUCAAAUAGCAAACACACAGCCAGAGAUUGAUUAUGAAGUGGUGGAAGGAGCGCCAAGUCCCCUGACGCUCGACAAUCUUGAUUCUCUAAACGCACUCAACGGCAGCAACAUCUACUUAACUUCCAUUGAAAGCACCACUUCCAAUCCCCAACCAGAAUGGCUGAAAGGUGUUGUCCCUGAUUCGACCGGCAAGACCAACGGGGCAGUGAGUUGUUCUAUCGUCGUGAAUGAUUAUGGAAAUGGGACGGUUGAUGCUUUCUACAUGUAUUUCUAUGCAUAUAACUGGGGCGGUAAAGUAAUUGGCCUUAACUUUGACGAUCAUGUCGGAGACUGGGAGCAUACAAUGACGCGCUUCUCCAACGGAGAACCCCAAACAAUAUGGUACUCUCAACACGGAGCCGGCGAAGCGUUUGAAUUCUCCGCUGUUCCCACAUACGCCGAUGGCGUUCGGCCAAUCGUCUACAGCGCCAACGGGUCUCACGCAAACUAUGCCACCAGUGGCACACACGACCAUACGAUUCCUGGACUCGACCUGCCUGUCGGCGUCGCUCUUGUUGACUAUACCGACGAUGGGUAUAUGUGGGAUCCAACACUGAGCGCGUAUUACGCCAGCGUUAGUUUUGCGAGUGGCACCACCACACCGGUCUUCGCAGCUUAUGAUAGCACGACACCUGUAAACUGGUUGAACUUUGUGGGGAAGUGGGGGGAUGAGCAGUAUAAUAGCUCUUAUCCGGGGCAGUAUGAUGUUUUUGGUCAGUAUAGGUAUAGUGGGGGACCGACGGGGCCGGAGGCUAAGGAUUUGAAUAGAGGGGAGGGAACAUGUCCGUCGGGAGAUUCAGCUCCUUGUAUUGUUCUACCCGCAGUUACUGCUGGAGAGAGAAUGUAA